AUGAUGAGGACGUCUAUUUUUCUUUUAUUUUAUAUAAAAAGUGUUUGUUGUGAUCUCUGCUUCAACAGACUUACUGGGAACACAUUUUACUGCCAAUCACGAUGUUGUGAUUACCAAUGCUGUGUUGCUUAUGAAGACGACAAAAAUUGGAGCAGUGAUGAGGUAGCAGGAGCUGUCGUUGGAACGCUUUUAGGAGGGACGAUAUUAGUUCUAGUUAUGAUAUAUAUCGUAAGAAAUUUCUGCCUCAAGAGACCCACCCCUCAUUCAGGGUCUACAGCUACAAGGAUUGCCAUAAUAAGUAACGGUCAAUCGGAACAAAUUCCAAUGCAAUCAGCUGCCUUCAAAUUGUCAAGAUACCCACCGUCUUACGAGGAAUCACAAGCUACAGUGUUAGGAAGUACAGUAUACUCGAGAUUUCAAGAUGAGGAGUAGAUAUAUAUCCACAAAAAGGGAG